AUGCCAGCACAAGGAGCCGUGCCCCCAUCCAUCUUGUGCGAGGGGCUUUGGGCUCAUUUUUUGGCAGCGGCCCCAUCUCUGCCCACAGGGACACCCCCCUGCCCUGCCCAGCUCCUCCUGCCCCUGCUCUGCUGGGCCCUGGCCUCCUGCUGCACAGGUGCUGUGGCCCUGCAGCCCCCCAGAAUCACUAUCCUGCGGAUGCCAGCAGAGCCCCCCCACCCAGGCGAGAACGUGACUAUUUCAUGUGAGGCAGUGAGUGGCCUCCCCGAGCUCACGCUGCUCUACUGGCUGGGGAACAGCUCCUUCGUGGAGAAACUGCACCCGGAUGGGGCCGUGCAUGAAGGGAUGGUGCUGGAGGAGCCACAGGGUUCAGGGGUGGUCCUGCACCGUGACCUGCACUUCAUCUCCUUCAGCGUGUGGCACCUGCACACCAACUUCACCUGCGUGGUGCUCAGCCCCCUCGGCGUUGAUACCAGGGAGGUGCAGUGGCUGCCCCUGGCACCAGCACCGGCCCCUACCAAGAGUGGAGGACUGGGCUGGGAACAGGGAGCAACUCCUGAUGGGUGAGCACCCCAUGGUGUGUGUCCCUGCUCUGAUAGCCUUGCACUGCUGCAUGGGGAUGUGACGCCUCCAUGGAGGCCUGUCUCCGUGCCCUGCUACAGGAUCUGCAUGGCCCCACGUGCACCGGCUUCUCUAUGCGUGGGGCUCCUGCUGCCCUUCACGGAGCUAGGAGUGCUGCCCAGGACAGCCCAGGGACCUGCCCAUAGCUGGCUGUGGGACCCCGAGGUUUAUUAAAGCACAUCAAGGCUG